AUGGCGCGUGCGGAACAGGAAUGCUUGGCUGCGCCACUGCUCGAGCCGACCGCGACGGCGAGGCAGCGCGUCCCGUUCGUGGAGGUGCGGCUGUACCGGCGGGGCGCCGGCCCGGUGGCGAUCUUCCGGUCGGACCUGUCGGGCCCUAGGCGGGACCGCCUCGACGUGCGCCGCAUCCAGGCGAGCCACGGCCUCCGGGCGUUGUUCGCCUUCAGGCCCGAGGGCCCCCACCGCGGGCGCGGCCUUCGGAUCAGGUGCGACCCGGCCGCCGGCUACUCCGCGCUGCCGUUCCGCGACGGCGCCGUCAUCGCCCUCGACGGCGAGCCCAGAGAGUCGUGGACGAAGCCGGUGUCGGUGAUCGUCGCCGGCCUGCUGGUGCCCGCGGUGAUGGCAGCGGUUGCAGUCAACGGGGUGCCGGAGCCGCUGCGGUCGUCGAGGCUGGUCAACGGGAUGUUCCCGCCGUGGAUCCUCGUCAGCGUGGUCAUCAUCUUCGCUCGCGCCAGGACGCGGCCAAGGGCUCCAUAA